ACGGGAGCCGACAUGGCCAUCUUCAGCGUGUACGUUGUGAACAAGGCCGGAGGCCUCAUCUACCAGCUGGAUCACUACGCGCCGCGCUCCGAGAACGAGAAAACGUUCAGCUUCCCCUUGGACCUGGUGCUUAAGCUGCACGACGAGCGCGUGGUGGUGGCGUUCGGACAGCGGGACAGCAUCCGGGUUGGACAUGCUGUGCUUUCCAUCAAUGGCAUUGAUGUGAAUGGGAAAUACACUGCUGACGGGAAGGAGGUGCUGGAGUACCUUGGCAACCCUACCAACUACCCCGUGUCCAUCCGUUUUGGCCGGCCUCGCCUCUCCUCCAAUGAGAAGCUCAUGCUGGCCUCCAUGUUCCACUCGUUGUUUGCAAUUGGGUCCCAGUUGUCUCCUGAGCUGGGGAGUUCCGGUAUUGAGAUGUUAGAAACAGACACGUUUAAACUACACUGUUUUCAGACCUUAACAGGGAUCAAAUUUGUGGUGCUUGCUGAUCCACGGCAAGCUGGGAUAGAGUCCCUUCUGCGAAAGAUCUAUGAGAUUUAUUCUGACUUUGCUCUGAAAAAUCCUUUCUACUCACUGGAGAUGCCAAUCAGGUGUGAGCUGUUCGAUCAGAACUUGAAACUUGCUUUGGAGGUAGCAGAAAAAGCUGGACCAUUUGGACCAGGAUCAUAGGACUUUUCCAGUGUCAGUACGGGGCCUCUCCUCACUAGCCAGCCUUUUCAGGAUCCUGUCUCUGGCUACAGCAGCAAGAGGGGAGGUCAUGAGGUCCCAAACUGCUUUUGUCAUCUCCAGAAAUGCUGCUUUAUUCUAUGGGUGUGGAAUCCACCUUUGCCUAACAGUGAAUGUUUUUAUUAUAGCUAAGAAAGGGCAUAUGUGGCUGAAGCUAUGAUUGCAGCUCUAAUGCUGUCACUGUAACACAGAGGAAGAUCAGACACAACAUAGUGGUAAAACCUCAGUUAUACUCCCCCUUUUUUACUCGUGUGUGUGUGUGUGUA